UGUAGAAGUCCUUUCGUCUCCAAGAAUAUUAGGCUAUGCGAUUGCAGAGGAGCCUAGAAUGCUGCGCUUGGAUUUCGGCUGGGUUCACCGGUCAAGGGUACCUCUGGCGUUACCUUCAGUUACCGUCACCACUGGGCCAAUUAGGAACGCUCCAGGCAUUCAAUUUUGGCGGUGGACCGGUGGAUCCAUUCCUUCCACAGCGCGACCCUAUUUCUGCUUCAACACCUGCGCAUGGCCAGACUUCAUCACCAUCACUUUUCCUAAUGCUGCCCAAUCCUUCACAGGCAUAUCAUGUCCCCAUCAGCUUAAGCUUUGCACCGUCCACGCAUCAUCACCAAAUGACGAAAACGCAGGCGGCCAGGGAGAAGGAAUCCAGCCAACACUGUGACACAUGCAAAUAUGGUCAAAUCUUUAGAGACCGCCAGAAUCCAGCAGCAGCUAAGGCGUCAGCUGGCGGCUGGUUAGUGAUCGAUGUAUAAAGAUUUUUAAUUUUUAACCAUCAGUCGAACAAAACACGGCAUUGCUGGAGUCAAGUAUACUUUCCACUGCUUAACAGUUUCCGAAGAUUGGCGUGUGACGCAAACAUAAGAUAAAAGGGUGUUCAGAUUUAGAUCAGAAAAGGGAAGGGCGACGCGGUGUUGAGAUCAAGAAUGGCCCCAUGCAUAACGAAAGGCAUGGAGACUGACAGGCGUUUGCCUGGCGGAGCGGCAUCUCAUCGGCUGACUUCGCCACCUAUCAACCGGCCACUUCCAGCAAGUCAUGUCAUCGCAUGAGGUUGAUGCAACUUUCGCUAAAAAGAAUCCAAAAUUACAUCAAGACAGACAUCAGACUUAAGGCUGGUGACUCCACUCAUCCUCACUCUCUGCUAAUGCUCUUCUGUCUUUUGUUUUGAAAUGGCGGGCGCA